AGCCGAGCCGACCGAGCUCGCCGCACCUGGCAGCCAAUCACAGGUCGCCCUGGACGCGCGUGUGGAGACGUCUGUGGCGUUGGCGGCGGUGGUGGACCCUGGGGCCUGAAGAGGUGGUGUGGCUGCGGGUUUUGCCCAGGGAGCGUGUUCGGGGCUGUUUCUUGGCCGGCUUCACGGGGACGCCACUGAUCAGCGCCGAUAUGAGAUGGUUAAUAAACAUCUAAAUGGCAAUCUUAAGUCGGCAACAGGAUAUUAAAUAUCCUUGAAACAUGGAAGUAACCUUAAUCCUUCUCUCUGGUUGCCUUAAGGAUGUGACCUUCUCCUUGGACGAUUCAAGUUCUUAAAAAGUUUCAGUGUACAUUUGAGGUGGCUGUUUAUACAAAGGAAGCACUGGGACUUCUGGCUACCUUCAAGAAUAAAAAAAUAGAAAAUGGAACAACCAUGUGUGUUAUGUGAGGAAGAACAGGAUCCAGAACCACAGAACAUAAAAGAAACCAAACAAAUAGAUGAUGAAGAUGCGGAGCUGAUCUUUGUUGGGGUGGAACAUGUAAAUGAAGAUGCUGAACUGAUCUUUGUUGGGGUGUCUUCAAAUUCAAAACCAGUUGUUUCAAAUAUUUUGAAUAGAGUAACCCCAGGUUCAUGUUCACGGAGAAAAAAGUAUGGUUGCCGAAGAAAAGAUACUGUUCGUAGAUUGCAGCCUAUAAGUCAUGUGACCCCUUCAUCAGAAACAGUGACUAUGUUGCCAGUAUCUCAAUCUGAAUCAAGAUCAACAGAUAGUCCUAUUAUUAUUGAGCCUUUGUCUAAGCCUGAUGAUAAAAGUAAUUCACCAAAAGUUGUGCCUAGUAGCUCUUCAGAAUCAUGUUCUCCUGUGGUUACCCUCACAAGUUCAUUGCAUCAUCCAGUGAAAGCAGCACUUUCAGAAGGAGGUAUGAAUGAAAGUACUUGUAUAUCAAAGCGGUGUUCCAAUUCUGAAGUAAUUAGCAUAAAUCCCAAAAAUCCUAAACUCAGUGAUGGAAUCACAGGAGGAGGAUAUUCUUUAACUUUGUCCCCUCCAGGUGUUUUUAAUAAUAAUAAUCCUCAGCAGAGUACACCCAAUGAUGUCCAUACCUCAGUAAGCCAUGUUCAGAAUGUAUUAUCUUUUCCCACAGCUUUUCCAAAGAACAGUCUCCAUUUAAAGCCUAUAACUAUAAAUCCUGAUAGGGAAAAUGGGUUGGCAAAAACAGAAUUUUCAGAUCUAGCAAGUCAAAAUAAGACCUUUGAUCCCAAGAAAGGGAAUUUGAUUCUAUUACUUAGUGACUUUUACUAUGGACAACAUCAAGGAGAUGGGCAGCCAGAACAGAAAACUCACACAACCUUUAAAUGCCCCAGCUGUUUGAAAGUUCUAAAAAAUGUUAAGUUUAUGAAUCAUGUGAAGCACCAUUUGGAACUUGAGAAGCAGAGGGGUGACAGCUGGGAAACCCACACUACCUGCCAGCAUUGCCACCGGCAGUUUCCCACUCCCUUCCAACUACAACGUCACAUCGAAAGUGUGCACACUCCACAGGAGCCCUCUGCUGUCUGUAAAAUUUGUGAGUUGUCAUUUAAAACAGAUCAGAUUCUUUUAGAACACAUGAAGGACAAUCAUAAGCCUGGGGAAAUGCCCUAUGUGUGCCAGAUUUGCAGUUUCAGAUCAUCAGCCUUUGCUGAUGUGGAAACACAUUUUAGAACAUACCAUGAAAACACUAAGAAUCUACUUUGUCCUUUUUGUCUCAAAAUUUUCAAAACUGCAACACCAUAUAUGUGUCAUUAUAGGAGGCACUGGGAAAGGGGUGUUCACCAGUGUUCUAAAUGUCGGCUACAGUUUUUAACUUUCAAGGAGAAAAUGGAGCAUAAGACCCAAUGUCAUCAAAUGUUUAAGAAGCCUAAGCAACUAGAAGGAUUGCCUCCUGAAACAAAAAUUGUUAUUCAAGUGUCACUGGAACCUGGUCAACCAGAAUCAGUGAAUGUAGCGUCUAUUAUUCUGAGUACAACUGAUUCUGAACCAUCUCCUCCCAAAUCUAAAAAUAGAAUUUCCAAAAAAUCUCAUUAAUUCUAUUUUGGGAAAUCAAAAGCAAAUAUUUCAGUUUGAAUAGAAGAAAAAAACCCAUGAAAACAAAAAAUAUAAACCAUACAUUAUUUAGUAGCACCAAAAAUAGUGAAACUAAUGAAUUGAGAUUUAAGUUCAUGCAUAGGGUUUUAAAAUUUUUUUCUUUCGUUCUUUUUUGUGGUGAUGGGGAUGAACCAGGACCUAGUAUGUGCUGAUCAAUUGCUCUACCACUGAGCCAUGCACCACAUUCCCACUCCCUGAAUUUUGAGCUUUUAUAUAAUAUAUUACCUGGUUUUUAUGUUAACUAUCUGGUUCAACAUAUGAAAGGUGCUUGUAUAUGAUGUUUGAGUGGGGGGUAAAAAAAGUGGAAGCCUAUUUAUUUUGUCAGUAUUUUAUGUUACUCCUAAGCUGGAGAGAUCUUUCUUCUAUAUACAGAAUUUGUAGAGGUUUUGAAGUAUUUAAUUUUAUUUUUAAACUUUUUCUGUAUAUUACACAUUUCACUGUUAACUCUAAUCAGACUGGAAUGACUUUGUUAUGGCUUGAUCCCUUUAUUCAUGAACUCUUAGAAGUGCCUGUGCAGUGUGAGUGUAAAAUAAUCUGGUUUUGAAAGCCUUAGUGUGAUGUUGAAGGAGAAGCUGUGGCAUGGAUGGAGGUGAAGACUUAUGUAUAAGUUAGGCAAAAGAAAGUAUUUGACCCCUUAUCCUAGUUGAGGGAUAGGCACAUUCUAGUCUUGGAGCCAAGGCAGAAGGAACACAGCCUGAGAAUGUCUUUGCCUAAUAGAAGAACAUCCCAAGGAAGCAAAAUCAUUCUUGAAAAAUGUCUGCAUUUGGUGAAGGACUCCUUCAUAUAUUAAAUAGCUGCUCAGUAUCUUUAGCUUCAUAUGAAGCCACAACAGUAAUUAGAAUGGGAACCGGCCCCAAUUAAUUUCCUGUUGAGUGAUCCAAAGGAGAAUUUUUCAUUCUGGCUAGAGGUUAGUGAAGAAUGAAUUCUCCUUGUCCUAAUAAGCCACAGCAAUAAAGCAUGUUAUAAUUCCCGAGGAAAAGAAGCACUGGUAUCUGAAGUUUGAACUGUACUGGACCCAGAGUUUCUGCUGAAAGGGGCCAUACAAAUGAUGACUGUCCAGUUAAUGGGCUGAGCUAAAUUUAGUUCUUCCACUGAUAAGCUGGAAUGGGGGCUUGUCCAAGAACACUAGGUACAGUGCACCAAAAUAGCCCAGGGUGACUGAUUAAAAUUAAACCCAUAUGGGACCUUAUAUUUUUCAGCACAUGUGUAACUUACCAUAAUUGAGUAUAUGAAGCUUGCAGUUCUGUGUCUUGGAAGUGAGUGUAUUAUAGUUAGUAGGGGUUUUUUUUUUGUAGUAUUUAUAAUUUCCUAACUGAUUACACUAAUGAAUCUCUUUUUUUAUCAUUUUUAAAUUUGUUCUAGUUAGUUAAAAUGGCCCAAAUGUAUUGUCUGUCCUUAUCUGAUAGAUCCUCCUAUUUAAUCUCUAACUAUACUAGGGAGGAACUUUUUCCAUUUGCCCUCCCCAAAGGCUGUUUCAUAGAACUGUGAAGUACUUUCUGAGCAUUGGUUCCUAAACAUCAGCAGCCUGAGCUUCUGUGAGUUCCCAGGGUUGUCUAUCUCCCAGGGCUUGUUCUAGGGUCAUCUCUUAUUCAUUACCCUCAUCGAAGGUACCCAGCAGCCUCUGUUCAUCAAUCAAGGAAUCUACUAGCAUCCUAGCUGUAGACAUAGGUCUAGAAAAGUCUUUUUCAUUCUUCCCCUACUCCUUUAUUCUCUCCUCAAUCUAAUUAAAUUUUCUAACUUUCACAAAAAGCUGGGAAGAGGUAAUCUUCAGGUCAUAGUAUUAGAAUUUGGGGAAGAAGGACUAAAAAUAAUUAAAAGAGGUUGUUAGUAGAUUUUGUUGUGUUUAAUUGCUCCAUGCUUGCUUAUUUGAUUAAUUCAUUCACACCUUGAACGGUUUGCUAGGUCUUUUCAGUUAGUUUGCUUGGGCCAAGGCAUGUUACGAAAAUUUUACCCUGAACCCUUUCUUUAGAUAUAAGAAAAUGUGUGUGUAUGUUUAUGUGUAUGACUGUCCCACUUGUUCUGGUGGAAAUUCUUAUUGUUUAAAUCUGCAGACUUUUGUGUAUUGUGUUUCUAUGGUAAAAGUAAGAAAUGUUCUAGUUGUAAAUUUUAGUGAUUGCUUACUGUUAGUGGCACUGUGAACUGUUGUUUGCUGUUUCACUAAAGCAUGCUCCUAAGGAGUACAAAUUGUCAGUUAUUGCCAACUACAGGUUCCAGUGGUGUGGUCCCUGCCUACCUCCUCCCUCUUUCAUUCUGUGAUACAGCUCUACCAUUUCCCUAAUUGAUAUGCUGUUUUGAUAUAAUGGCCUUGUUAUUCCUUAAGCAAAUCAUAUUUUUUCCUGAUUUACAGGCUGCACAUGCUAUUCUCUUAGAACGCUUUCCCCUAGGCCUGCAUGGCUUGCUACCUCACUGAACUGUUCAACACUUCCUUUGGUUCUUAGAACUAGAAAUCUCCCCCACAUUUUUUGUAACCUUAUUCUUUCUCCUUAAAGGCACUUUACCUCCCUCCCCCCACUUCUUUCUUCCCUCUCUAAUAUAGUUAAAUUUCCUAGAUUUUCACAAAAAAAGCUGGGAAGGAAUCAUUAAGGGCUUUGCUUCUCUUUUAGAAUUGAGCUAGCUUGAGUCAAUUUCUGUGCCUGCAACCAAAAGAAAGUUAAUAUAGUGAAUUGAGUCAAAGGGAGCUUUCUUUGUUUUUCUAUUGAUAGCUUUAUAUUUUUUAAGGCAAUGUCACUUUGUUUUAUUUACAAAUAUAUUUAAUAUGUGUCCAGAUUACUAUUUUAUUAUUAUUCUUGUAUGAAUUUCCUUGUCUAUUUUGCUUGCUUGUUCUUGCAGAUGGAAUUUAUUAUUUUAUUAAUGUUGCCAAAAAUUGUAAGUAAAAUAGCAAUUAUCAUAAUAAAAUGAUUUGUGAAAGAA